AUGCCGCCUUCCCACUCCACCUUCACUCAUCCCUCUUUGCCGGACAAACGACCUUUAGUGAAAGAGUUUGUGGGAUUGAAUCUGGAUCAAUUACGUACACCUGCUUUGGUGAUUGAUCAAAGUAUCUUUCAAGAGAAUUGCGAGCGAUUGACGAGGGAGGCAAAGAGCAGAGGAAUGAGAUUCCGAGCACAUGUGAAGACGCACAAAACGAUAGAAGGUACAAGGAUCCAGCUUGGGGCAGGGGGAGGAGUAAAAGCUGUGGUUUGUUCUACAAUGGUGGAAAUAUGGCAGAUAAUACAACAUGGGUUGGUGGAAGAGGGUUCAGUCAAUGAUAUCUUAUAUGCCAUGCCUGUCUCCCUCGAUAAGAUGGAAGAUCUUCACAAUGCUCAAUCAGAAGUGAGGGACAAGGCAGUAAUCAGAUUGAUGGUAGAUCAUCCGACUCAAAUCGAAGCUUUGAAGAACUUCAACGAGAGAAAUGGUUUGAGAAGAAAGUGGAGUGUUUUCAUCAAAGUCGAUGGAGGAGGAAAACGAGCAGGACUUCCAUCAGAUAGUAAAGAAAUGAAAGAUCUCAUCGCUCUUUGCCUCUCUUCUAGUCACGUUGAAAUAUUUGGGUUUUAUUCUCAUUUUGGCCAAUCUUACACUUCCGACUCACUUGACAAAGCUUCAACUUACUUUUACGGUGAAGUAGAAUGUGUGAACCUCGCUGCUCGCUCAGCUAGAGAUCUUGGCUUCACCGGAAAAUUGGUGUUAUCAGUAGGAGCUACGCCCACUGCACAUGCCGCUACCCGACAAUUUUUCAUGCCUAAAGAUUUGGAGGGAGAAUUAGAAUUACACGCAGGAAAUUAUUGCAUGUUGGAUCUACAACAAUUACACACCUCUCUCAUUUCCCCAUCAGACAUAGCUAUCACAGUCUUGACUCGUAUCAUCUCCCUUUAUCCUUUGAGGGACGAAGCUCUUUGUGAUGCAGGAGCUUUGGCAAUGUCGAAAGAUACUGGACCCAUUUCGGGAUACGGAAGAGUUGUUUUUCCCAUCAGUGCGAGGGGAUGGGAUUUAGGUAGGAUAUCACAAGAACAUGGGAUUUUAGUACGGAAUCCUUCCCAAGAGAUUGUGGAAAGGAAUGGACUUGAAAUAGGGGGAUUAAUUAGGAUAAUCCCACAACAUGCUUGUUUGACAUGUGCUUCAUUCCCUUGGUUUUAUGUAGUGGAUGGAGGAGAAGAGGUGGUAGAUGUUUGGAUACCAUGGAAAGGUUGGUAG